UAAAUGAGCUUACUCAAGGAAUGGAGCUUGUUAAAGAAUUAGGGUUUCAUCUUAAUUACAAUAAUAUUGAUGAAACCCAAAAAAAGUUACUUGAGAGAAUUCUUUCAACUUAUGAGAAAUCUCUUUUUAUUCUUCAAUGGAGAAAUGUUGCUAAUUGCCCACAAUUAACCGCCGCCGGAGCCACCGCUGUACCGCCGGAGACGUCAUCUCCGUCGCCGGACGACAGUAGUCCUCGGAGUGAUGACGUGUCUGAUCGCACCGCCGAUGUAAAUGUCUCAAAGAAGAGGAAGGGUCAGCCUGUUUGGACAAACCAAGUGAGGAUUCGUUCAGAAAAUGGUCUUGAAGGACAAAUUGGCGACGGUUAUAGUUGGCGAAAAUACGGUCAAAAAGACAUUCUCGGUGCCAAGUAUCCGAGAAGCUAUUAUAGAUGCACAUAUCGUAGCGUUCACGAUUGUUGGGCAACAAAACACCUACAACGAUCAGACGCAGAUCCAUGUGUGUUUGAUAUCACAUAUAGAGGGAAUCAUAAUUGUUGCGUUAUUAAUCCAGAUCAACAACAACAAUCUACCAACAACAGUACUACCGAUCUUCUCGAAAACCACAAAGCGAGUUUGAGAGUUAACGUUACAACAUUGGAUAAUAACAACAAUAAUGAUCAUAUAAUUUUCGGUGAUCACUUCACUUUUCCUUCAACGUUAUCAUUGGGAUACAAGCCCGAUAACGACACUAAUUUCAAUUUUUCAAGCAUGAAUGAUGGCGAUCUGUCUAGGGUUUUUUCACCAGCUCCGACAUAUAUCUCACCACAUGCAUCUUCAUCAAGCUACUUCACACGUGAAAUUCGCAACUUUGCAGUUUCCGAUGAUAUUCAGCAUCAUUCGGAAUCUAACCUAACAAAAGGACUUGAUUUCUCAUCACUUGAAGGACUUGAACAUGGCCAAGAAGAGAAUAUUCAAUUUGACAAUGCUGGUUUUUUUGCUUCAUAUGGAAAAACAAUCAAUUAAUUAGUCUGAUUUGUUUGUAGAAGUUUCGUUUUUAAUUAAGUUCUAAAUUAAGAUGGAUAUUAUAUUAUUGCUAUAGUUUUAGAAAGUCAAUGUAACGGUACUUAUGAAGUUUUGUUUGCAACCAUCAAUGGUUUGCAAU